GGAGGAGGAGGAGGAGGCGAAGGCCGGGGCCGGGGGGAUUUAAGGGCUCGCUGUCCCCCGCCCGCCUCCGCUCCGCCGGCCGGGAGGGACACGGGCGACAGCGCCCAAGUUUGUGUGGGGACGUCCCCGGGCUGGCGCUUUCUCCCACCCAGCCCCUGCUGCUGGUGCAAGGAAGACAAGCGUCGAAGGGCACGAUGAAGGCUUUCCUCCUCACCCUCCUGGCCCAGCUCUGCUCGGCAUCGCUGGUCCCCGAGAAGGAGAAGGACCCCGAGUACUGGCGGCAGCAGGCACAGGAGACACUGCGCGACGCCCUGCGGCUCCAGCGCCUCAACCAGAACGUGGCCAAAAACCUCAUCCUCUUCCUGGGCGAUGGCAUGGGCGUCUCCACCGUCACGGCCGCCCGCAUCCUCAAGGGGCAGCUGCAGAACCGCAAGGGUGAGGAGAGCCUGCUGGAGAUGGACAAGUUCCCCUACGUUGCCUUGGCCAAGACCUACAACACCAACGCUCAGGUGCCCGACAGCGCGGGCACGGCCACCGCCUACCUCUGCGGCGUCAAAGCCAACGAGGGGACAGUGGGUGUCAGCGCCGGCGUCACCCGCGACCGCUGCAACACCACCAAGGGCCAGGAGGUGACCUCCAUCCUCCGCUGGGCCAAGGAUGAAGGCAAGGCGGUGGGCAUCGUCACCACCACGCGGGUCACCCACGCGACGCCCAGCGCCGCUUAUGCCCACUCUGCCAACCGCGACUGGUACUCGGACGGAGAGAUGCCCCCGGACGCGCUGGAGGGCGGCUGCAAGGACAUCGCGCGGCAGCUGGUGGAGAACAUCCCCGACAUCGAGGUGAUCCUGGGCGGCGGGCGGAAAUACAUGUUCCCCAAAAACGCCAGCGACGUGGAGUACCCGCAGGAGGAGAAGCACCGGGGCACCCGCCUGGACCGCCGGGACCUGGUGCAGGCGUGGCACGACACCAAGCCCCCGGGGAAGGUCGCCAAGUACGUGUGGCACCGGCGGGACCUGCUGGCGCUCAACCUCAGCCGUGUCGACUUCCUCCUGGGUCUCUUCGAGCCCGGCGACAUGGUGUACGAGCUGGACAGGAACAACGAGACGGACCCGUCCCUCACCGAGAUGGUGGCCGUGGCCAUCAGGAUGCUCCAGAAAAACCCCCGGGGCUUUUUCCUGCUGGUUGAAGGCGGCCGCAUCGACCACGGGCACCACGAGGGCAAGGCGAAGCAGGCGCUGCACGAGGCGGUGGAGCUGGACCGCGCCAUCGGGCUGGCCACCCGCCUCACCUCACCCCAGGACACGCUCAGCGUCGUCACCGCCGACCACUCGCACGUCUUCACCUUCGGCGGCUACACCCCCCGCGGAAACCCCAUUUUUGGUCUGGCGCCAAUGCAGAGCGACGUGGACCGCAAGCCCUUCACCUCCAUCCUCUAUGGCAACGGCCCCGGCUACAAAAUCGUGGGGGGCGAGCGCGAAAACGUCUCGGCGGUGGAUUUCGCGCAUGCCAACUACCAGGCACAGUCGGCCGUGCCGCUGCGCCAGGAAACCCACGGCGGCGAGGACGUGGCCGUCUUUGCCCGCGGCCCCAUGGCCCACCUCCUGCACGGGGUGCACGAGCAGAACUACAUCCCCCAUGCCAUGGCAUACGCCGCCUGCAUCGGCCCCAACCGAGCCCACUGCAACACCGCCGGGCGCGCUGCCGCCGCCAGCCCCCUCCUCCUGCCCUUCCUCACCCUCCUCCUCCUCCUCCUCCUCCUCUGCUAGAGCAUCUCUUGCAAAACAUCGAUGGGGGGAUUUUUUUUUUUUUUAAUCCUCCCUCCUCUCCCCCCCCCCCUUUCUUUUUUUUCUGGGGUAGCAGUGCCGGGAAAAGGCAAAAAAGAAAGACUCAACGGAGCAAAAGCAGCCGCCCGCGGUUUCGGCAGCCACCGCGUGCUGGGCUCUGCCCCUGUAAAUACACCGUUCCUCCCUGUCAUUAGCGCUGCUGCGCGCCCGGCCCUGAGCCCGCCGUGGGAUUCGGGCUCGGUGCUGCGGCCAGAGCCCUCCUGAAGCAGGAGGGGGGAGAGGCAGCGGGGUCGGCCCCGAAAUGCGCGGUGCCAGCACGGCUGAGACCGGCCCCGGCACCCAGCUCAUCGCACGAGUGAGUGGGCAACUGGAAAGCACUCGCGGGUGGGGAAGCGGCAGCUCACUGGGCGCUCCCUGCCUCGUUUUGCCUCUUUUGUGGCUUUUUUUUUUUUUUUUUCCUCUUUUUGGCCUGAAAAAUCCUUUGAUUUAAGGCCAUUUGCUGCCCGGGGGCUUCUCAGCAGUUUGGGGGCUCAGCACUGCACGGAGAGCGGAGCCGAUGUGGAUUUAGGGGGCAGCACCCGGUGCUGCUCAUCCCUCGAUAGCCUCUGGUAAUUGGGGAGGGGGCGGCGAGGCGGUGGGCUCAGGGUACACUUUGGGGGGUGGCUGUUGAGAAGUCGGUGGGGUUGAGAAGUAGGGGGAGACCCCGGAGAGCGGCUCUGGGCGUGCAAAUGGUGCCGUGCGUG